CUCGCCUACCGCGUCUACGGCGACCGCUCCGGCCCGCGCGUCGCCGUGCACCCGAGCUCCUUCGGCGCCGUCCACGCGGAGCUCGCGUACAACGUGCCGUUGCUGCUCGAGCACGCGGACGCGGUCCUCGUCGCGAACAUGCUCGGCAACGGCGUGAGCAGCUCGCCGUCGACCUGCGCCGCCUACCCGCCCGUCGUGACCGUCGACGACCAGGCGCGCGCGCUGCGGCGCGCGUGCGACGCCGCGUUCGGGCCGGGGCGGACCGUCGACGUCGCCUACGGCUACUCCAUGGGCGCCAUGCAGGCGCUGGCGCUCGCGCGCGGGGGCGGCGUCGCCGCCGUCGUCGCGGUCUGCGGCGCCGCGGGCUGCUCCGACUACAACCGCGUGUUCCUCGACGCGCUCGACGCCGCGCUCGAGGGCGGCGACCGGAGCGCGGCGCUCCGCGCGUUCGCGCUCGUCUACGCGGGCUGGGGCGUCUCCUACGACUUCUACGCGGAGCGGGCCUGGGCGCGCCUGGGGUUCGAGGAUCUCGACGACUUCCUCGAGCGGUCCUACGUCGCCGGCUUCGCGACCGACGACCCGGACGACCUGCGGGCGAUGCUCGCGUGCUGGCGCGCCGCGGCGGAGCGACCGCCGGGUCUGGAGGCCAUCGAGGCGAGGUGCCUGUUCCUGCCCUGCGACACCGAC